AUGCCCCCUAGGAAGAGGAACGCUGCUCAGAGAAAAGCGACAAGUGAAGACGAGCCGCAGCUUUCUCCAGCCGAGAUCAUAGACGAGCAGGAGCAAGAUAAUGAGAUCGCAGCCCUGCGAAAGAAGAACACCGAAGAGAACAGGCAAUCUCAGAACGCCCUGGACGUGGGCGUCUUGACUUCUAUCUUCAUUACUGCGAUCCAAAUAUACAACUUCAGAAACCACCCAAACCCCAUCUUCCUCUUUCUCAACGUCUUCCACCUCGUCAUGCUCCCAUUCUCCCUCACCCCCGAAUGGCUUCCGUCCUCAUGGAAACCCUAUCUCCUCUCCCCGUCAAACCACCUUCUACUCGUAUCGGUACACCUCACGACUACCCUCUGUGCCUUGUUCUUACGGUACCAGCAAACGCCAGUAUUCGGGCAGGAGGGAGGAUUGGAGUUUGGAGAAGUCGCAAGGUGGGCGCUGCCGACGCUGGUGGUGGGUGCGGUGGAGAUGCAGAGGCGGGCAGAAAGGGAGACAGAUGCCAAAAUUAGACUGCUUGAGGGGUUGAGAUAUGAUGUGAAAGGGGCGUAG